GACAGGAGGUGUCACUCUGCCUCAGCGGUCGGGAUUCUUCUGGAUUUGUUCAGAACGAUGUGUGCAGAGUUUUGUUUCUGUGUGGCGGCUGUAACACACAGUUUUCUCCUUUAUUUUGUUGUUUUCCUUUGUGUUUCUCUAGGCCACAGUUUAGGUUACGGCUUUGUUAACUUUGUUAACGCUAGUGAUGCAGAGAGGGCAAUCAGUACGCUCAAUGGCCUGAGGCUACAGUCUAAAACUAUCAAGGUUUCCUUUGCGCGGCCGAGUUCGGACACGAUUAAAGAUGCUAACCUGUACAUCAGUGGGCUGCCGCGGACGCUGAGUCAGCCCGACCUGGAGGACAUGUUCACGCGCUUCGGCCACAUCAUCAACUCCAGAGUCCUAGUGGACCAGGCCUCAGGUUUGUCCAGGGGCGUGGCCUUCAUCCGAUUCGACAAGAGGUCGGAGGCCGAAGACGCCGUCAAACACCUCAACGGGCACACGCCCCCCGGUUGCUCCGAGCCAAUCACAGUCAAGUUUGCUGCCAACCCCAAUCAGGCCCGGAACUCCCAAAUGAUGUCACAGAUGUACCACGGCCAAUCACGGCGCUUCGGAGGCCCCGUGCACCACCAGGCGCAGAGGUUCAGGUUUUCGCCGAUGAGCGUGGACCACAUGGGCGGGGGGGGCGGAGUCUCGGGCAGCGCCUCGGCCGGCUGGUGCAUCUUCAUCUACAACCUGGGCCAGGACGCCGACGAGGCCAUCCUCUGGCAGAUGUUCGGCCCUUUCGGCGCCGUCGUCAACGUCAAGGUCAUCCGCGACUUCAACACCAACAAGUGCAAAGGCUUCGGCUUCGUCACCAUGACGAACUACGAGGAGGCCGCCAUGGCGAUCCACAGCCUCAACGGGUACCGGCUGGGGGACAAGGUCCUGCAAGUGUCCUUCAAGACCAGCAAGGGACACAAGUAGAGAUGGGAGGGGGUGAUGGGGGGAGACGGGGGGGAGAAUAAG